CCCCGGCUACCGGCUCAGCGCCCUCAUCGACUUCCUGCUGCACCGGACCUACGCGGAGCUGACGGUGUUGGCAGACCUACUACCAAGAAAGACUGACAUGGAAAGAAAAAUAGAAAUAGUGCAGUUUGCAAGCCGCACACGUCAACUGUUCGUUAGAUUAUUAGCCUUAGUAAAAUGGGCUAACAAUGCUGGGAAAGUGGAAAAAUGUGCGAUGAUAUCAAGUUUUCUAGAUCAACAAGCUAUCCUAUUUGUGGACACUGCCGAUCGUUUAGCAUCACUAGCUAGAGAUGCUUUGGUUCAUGCUCGCCUGCCCAGUUUUGCUAUCCCAUAUGCUAUUGAUGUGUUGACAACUGGGUCAUAUCCACGUCUGCCAACAUGUAUAAGGGAUAAAAUAAUUCCUCCUGACCCAAUAACAAAAACCGAAAAGCAAACCACACUUCAUCAGUUAAACCAGAUUCUUCGACAUCGACUAGUGACUACAGAUCUUCCUCCACAAUUGGCAAAUCUUACAGUUGCUAAUGGCCGUGUGAAAUUUCGAGUUGAGGGAGAGUUUGAAGCUACCUUGACAGUGAUGGGAGAUGACCCUGAUGUUCCAUGGCGCCUCCUCAAACUAGAAAUUUUGGUUGAGGACAAAGAGACCGGAGAUGGCCGAGCUUUGGUUCAUAGUAUGCAGAUAAGCUUCAUUCAUCAGUUGGUCCAGUCUCGACUCUUUGCUGAUGAGAAACCACUUCAGGACAUGUAUAACUGCCUACACUCCUUCUGCUUAUCACUUCAGUUAGAGGUUUUGCAUUCACAAACACUAAUGCUGAUACGGGAACGGUGGGGUGACCUUGUGCAAGUGGAGCGAUAUCAUGCAGGGAAGUGUCUCUCGCUUUCUGUUUGGAACCAACAGGUAGUUGGGAGAAAAACAGGGACUGCAUCUCUUCACAAGGUCACGAUUAAAAUUGAUGAGAACGAUGUCUCAAAACCCUUGCAAAUUUCCCAUGAACCUCCCCUGCCAGCUUCUGAUUCCAAAUUAAUGGAAAGAGCCAUGAAGAUUGACCACUUAUCAAUAGAAAAACUUUUAAUAGACAGCGUGCAUGCAAGAUCUCAUCAGAAACUUCAGGAGCUGAAAGCCAUCCUUAAGAGCUACAAUGUUAAUGAUAACUCAUUCAUUGAGACUGCUCUUCCAACUCUUGUUGUUCCAAUUUUGGAGCCAUGUGGUCGAUCAGAGUGUCUCCACGUUUUUGUAGAUCUUCAUUCUGGAAUGUUCCAACUAAUGCUUUAUGGACUCGAUCAGCUGACAUUGGAUGACAUAGAGAAGUCUGUCAAUGAUGACAUGAAACGCAUUAUCCCUUGGCUUCAGCAGCUCAAGUUUUGGCUUGGACAGCAGCGAUGCAAACAGUCUAUAAAACAUCUGCCUACAGUAACCAGUGAAACAUUGCAGCUAGCUAAUUAUGCAAGCCAUCCCGUUGGAAACCUUUCCAAGCACAAACUGUUUAUCAAACUCACUCGCCUUCCACAGUACUACAUUGUGGUAGAAAUGUUUGAAGUUCCUGGCAACCCUACAGAACUGGAAUACAAGAAUUAUUUUCUCUCUGUGAGCUAUCCUGAAGGAGAUGACUGCCCUGCUACUGCACUCUUACUACAGCAAUUCAAACCAAACAUUGAGGAGUUGGUACUAGAUAUAAAAAGUGGGAAACAAGCAAAAGGUGGUGCCAAGCGCAAGUUGUCUGGUGAUCCAUGUUCUGUAGAAUCUAAGAAACCAAAACGGUCUGGAGAAAUGUGUGCCUUCAAUAAAGUCCUAGCUCAUCUAGUAGCAAUGUGUGAUACAAAUAUGCCAUUUAUAGGACUUCGUAUGGAGUUAUCUAAUAUGGAGAUUCCACAUCAAGGAGUACAGGUAGAAGGAGAUGGCUUCAGCCAUGCUAUACGUUUAUUAAAAAUUCCUCCAUGUAAAGGUACAAGUGAAGAAACCCAGAAAGCUCUAGACCGGUCUCUUCUUGAUUGCACUUUCCGAUUGCAAGGUAGAAAUAACCGCACGUGGGUUGCUGAACUGAUAUUUGCAAAUUGUCCGCUUAACAGCACAUCUUCCAGAGAGCAAGGGCCAACCCGUCAUGUCUACCUGACUUACGAAAACCAAUUGUCUGAACCAGUCGGAGGUCGAAAAGUUGUUGAGAUGUUCCUCAAUGAUUGGAACAGUAUUGCUCGGCUAUAUGAAUGUGUACUGGAGUUUGCACGGUCUUUGCCAGAAAUACCCAACCACCUAAAUGUGUUCUCAGAGGUCCGAGUCUACAACUAUCGCAAGCUAAUCCUUUGUUAUGGAACUACCAAGGGAAGCUCAAUCAGUAUUCAGUGGAAUUCCAUACAUCAAAAAUUCCACAUAUCCUUGGGAACAGUUGGCCCAAAUUCAGGUUGCAGUAACUGUCAUAAUACUAUUCUACACCAACUCCAGGAGAUGUUCAAUAAAACACCAAAUGUGGUCCAGUUAUUACAGGUAUUGUUUGAUACUCAGGCUCCAUUAGUUGCCAUCAACAAACUUCCGACUGUGCCAAUGCUAGGGCUGACUCACCGCAUCAACAUUGCUUAUCAAUGUUUCUCAAUCCUGCCGCAGUCACCCACGCACAUCAGGCUGGCUUUUCGGAAUAUGUACUGCAUUGACAUCUACUGCCGGAGCCGUGGGGUGGUGGCAAUCCGUGACGGAGCAUAUAGCCUUUUUGACAAUAGUAAAAUUGUUGAAGGUUUUUAUCCUGCACCAGGUCUAAAGACAUUCCUGAACAUGUUUGUUGAUAGCAAUCAGGAUGCACGAAGACGAUCUGUAAAUGAGGAUGAUAAUCCUCCUUCUCCUAUUGGGGGAGACAUGAUGGAUUCAUUGAUAUCACAACUUCAACCCCAACAAUCACAGCAACAGCCAUUUGCAAAACAGGCAGGAGCAUCGGGAGCUUACCCUCUUACUUCACCACCCACAUCCUAUCACAACACAGUGACCCCAUCUCCUUCCAUGAUGCAUACACAGUCACCAGGAAAUCUUCAUGCUGCAAGCUCCCCUAGUGGUGCUUUGAGAGCUCCAUCACCAGCAUCAUUUGGGCCAACUCCUUCACCUUCCUCCCUUGGAAUAACAAUGGGACAAACAGCUAAUUUUGCCAGCCCACACGGUACCAUAGACCCUAGUUCACCGUACACAAUGAUGUCGCCUAGUCAGCGUGCAGGAAAUUGGCCGGGAUCUCCUCAAGUGUCUGGUCCCUCACCAGCAGCACGCAUGCCUGGAAUGUCACCAGCCAAUCCUUCUCUCCAUUCUCCGGUCCCAGAUGCCUCUCAUUCCCCACGAGCUGGAAGUUCCCAAACAAUGCCGACUAAUAUGCCUCCACCUCGUAAACUACCUCAACGCUCCUGGGCUGCAUCCAUCCCCACAAUCCUCACUCACAGUGCCUUGAAUAUUCUAUUGCUGCCGUCUCCUACUCCUGGGCUUGUACCAGGACUAGCAGGCAGCUAUCUUUGCUCCCCUCUAGAGCGAUUCCUUGGAUCAGUUAUUAUGAGGCGACACCUUCAGAGGAUCAUCCAGCAAGAAACGCUACAGCUAAUAAACUCCAAUGAACCAGGUGUAAUAAUGUUCAAGACAGAUGCACUGAAGUGCAGGGUUGCCCUGAAUCCAAAAACUAACCAGACUUUGCAGCUAAAAGUAACACCUGAAAAUGCAGGACAGUGGAAACCAGAGGAACUACAAGUUUUGGAGAAGUUCUUUGAAACAAGAGUUGCAGGACCACCAUUUAAAGCAAACACGCUAAUAGCCUUUACAAAACUACUAGGAGCUCCUACACAUAUCCUCAGGGACUGUGUGCACAUCAUGAAACUGGAGUUGUUCCCUGAUCAAGCAAGCCAAUUGAAAUGGAAUGUGCAGUUUUGUUUAACAAUUCCUCCCAGUGCCCCACCAAUUGCACCUCCAGGAACACCUGCUGUUGUGCUGAAAUCCAAAAUGUUGUUUUUUCUUCAGUUAACACAGAAAGCUACAGUCCCACAGGAAGCCGUUAGCAUUAUUGUCCCAAUCAUUUACGAUAUGGCUUCGGGUACAACGCAACAGGCAGACAUUCCCAGGCAGCAGAACUCUUCCGUUGCUGCUCCCAUGUUGGUUAGCAGUAUUCUAAAGAGGUUUGCAGAACUGAAUUCUCCACGACCAGGUGAAUGCACAAUAUUUGGAGCUGUACGUGAUUUAAUGGUUAAUCUUGCCCUGCCCCCUGGUGGGCGCCCAUAGACACUUUUAAAACAAGACUGAAAAACAAGAAACUAAGGAGCAAAAAAAUCAAUCUCUGAAGUAAAGACUUCAAUAAAAAUGGAGAAAAGGACAUUUUGACAUGUUAUGUUUUUUUAAAGAGCUAAAUAUAUUAAACUGGGAAACUUUCAGGGAUGCACUUUCAUCGAAUGAUCAACAUAACUUUUAUAUAGUGCUCUUGUAUAGUGUGUUUUAAUGGGAGACAUUUCUGACUAGGUAAUAGAUUAAAGUGUCAGCUUGCGGCUAAUAGAUUUAAUAUUCUGUUUUAUACUAAGAUUAUGAAAAUGCCAAACUUAUUUGUUUUUUUCUUAUGUUUUUGGUGUCAUAGAUUUGUUUUUUUUAAAGGCAGAUUUGUCAUUUUGAAUACUGUAAAACUGUGACAAACUUUAUAUUGAAACUGUAUUUUAAUAUUACUGCUUUGAAUCUUUAAACAAAAUUAUUUGGGCUUGUUGUAAACAUGACCCCAAAAAGCAAUAUUUAAUAAACUAGAUAAAAAACCUUAAA